AUGUUAAAAAGUGAUAAUUAAAUUGGUAAAGAUGGUGCAUCAAUUUUAGCUUGUUCUUUAGCAAAUUAUACUAGUCUCUCAAAUUUGGUACUCUCUCUUGAGAAAAAUUAAAUUGAUGCAUAGGGUGCAUCAAACAUAGGAUCUGCUAUAGCAAACUAUAUCAAUCUCUCAAGUUUAACACUUGAUCUUUCUUGUUCAAGUUUGAGUGUCUAAAAAAUUGGAGCAGAAGGUUCAUAUGGCUUAAUAUCAGCUUUAUCGAAAUGUACUAAUCUUUAAAAGUUGACACUUUUCCUUGAUAACAAUGAAUUAGGUUCCUAAGGUUCAAUAGGUGUAGGCUUAGCAUUGUCAAAAUGUAUUAAUCUAUCUUUUUUGGGAUUAUAUCUUUGUAAUAAUCAAAUUGAUGGAUAAGGUAUAUAAGAAUUAGGAUCUGCUUUAGUAAAAUGCUCUAAUCUCUCAAGCUUGCAUCUAAAUCUUUUUGGCAAUUAAAUUAGAGACUAAGGUGCUUCAAACUUAGGUUCUGCUUUAGUAAACUUGGUUAAUCUUUAAACUUUAAUACUAGAGCUCAGUUUAAAUGAAAUCUCUAAUGCUGGUGCUUCAGGUUUAUGCUAAGGUUUGAUAAGCUCCCCAAUGCUCUUAAAUUUAGAUCUUUAUUUUUAUUAAAAUAAAGUUGAUGCUUUGGGUGUAUCAAACUUAGGUUCAGCUUUAUCUAAAUAUAAAAAGCUCACAAAUUUGAAAAUUGAUCUUAAUGAUAAUAAAUUUGGUAACGACGGUGAAUCAGGUUUAUGUUCUUUUUUAGCAAAUAGUACAAGUAUUCAAAAUUUAAAGCUUGAAUUCAGUGGCAAUUUAAUUAAGUAAAAAGCUACACAAGUCUUAGGUUCUGCUUUAACUAGCUGUAUUGAUCUCACAAAUUUAACUCUCUCUCUAAGACAAUAAGGGUGCAUCAGAUUUAUAUUCCUCUUUAUUAAGCUGUCUUAAAAUCUAAAAUUUGGAACUUGA